AGAAAAAUAUUUGAACUACUAACCGCUUAUUACUGUUCACAUACUUUAUCAAGUAUAGCCAAAGAUACUAUAUAAUUUUGAACUGGACAAACUUAUAUACACAAAUCAACAUUCUAUUGUUUAAAUGAAAAUUCACCUUACUCUUUACUAUAGACGACUUCACUUUAUACUUAUUUGAAUUUUGAACUUGGUUAAUGAUAGUUCGUUUACAACGGUUACUACAAAUAAACAUUGAGACAAACUAACCAUCAAAUAAAUAUUAGAAUAAACUAAUUAUAAAAAUUACUUAAUUUCAUAACAGAACCUGUUUUAACCUUUAUGACUGUUAUUUGAUUCCAAAAUGAAAUCUGCAAAUCGCAAGCCACCUGUUACAAUUGGAAAAUGCACUAACCGCUUAAAAUUUCACAAUGAAGCAUGCAAGGAACCUGUUAAGGUUUUUUGUCGUUUGAAACCAAUAGCUGACCCAAAUGAUUUGUCGUGUAUGAAAAUCAUAUCAGAUACAACCCUGGUUAUUACACCACCAGAAUCAGCAACAAAUAUUCGCACAGCGAACAGAGUUAUUCAAACGUCUUUCAGUCAUGUUUUUGGCCCAAAUGCUUCUCAGAAAGAAGUGUUUGAUAUGGUUGCCCUACCAUUAGUUGAGAAUCUGAUUAAUGGUACAAAUAGUUUAAUUUUUACGUAUGGAGUAACUGGUAGUGGUAAAACAUAUACUAUGUCAGGAAAUCAGUAUGAUGCAGGCAUCAUGCCUCGUAGUCUGGAUGUUAUCUUUAACAGUAUAGCAAAGUUCCAGGCAAAAAAGUUCACUUUUAAACCAGAUAAAUUAAAUGGAUUUGACGUGCAAUCUGAAGCUGAUGCAUUAUUAGAUAGACAGAUUGAACAUCAAAAGUCUAUUAUUACUCAGAAUGGGAAAACUCCUAAAAUGUUUGUAUUUGACGAUGAAAAAAAUAAUAAUAAGAAUGGUUUCCUUCAAACUAGUGAACCACAAAUUUUAAUUGUAGAUGAAGACAAUGCAUACGCUGUGUUUGUAACGUAUGUUGAAAUUUAUAAUAAUAGCGUGUACGAUUUAUUGGAUGAUAAUGAAAGUAGAGCAAAGACUUUACAGAGUAAAAUUGUUCGUGAAGAUGGAAACAGAAACAUGUACGUUCAUGGAUGUACAGAAAUUGAAGUGAAAAAUUCAGAGGAAGCGUUUGAAGUGUUCCAAAGGGGUCAACGCAGAAGACAUAUUGCAUAUACUGCCCUUAAUUCUGAAUCAAGUAGAUCUCAUAGUGUUUUUACCAUAAGACUUGUGCAGGCGCCAUUAGAUAGGGAUGGUGAACAAAUUGUGCAAGAUAAAAGAGUAAUUUGUGUUAGUCAGUUAUCGCUAGUUGAUUUAGCUGGAAGUGAACGUACAAAUCGUUCUAAAAAUACUGGUCAAAGACUUAGAGAAGCGGGGAAUAUAAAUAAUUCAUUGAUGACUCUAAGAACAUGCUUGGAAAUACUUCGUGAAAAUCAAACUCAGGGCACAAAUAAAAUAGUCCCUUACAGAGACUCUAAAGUAACCCACCUGUUUAAGAAUUACUUUGAUGGUGAAGGUACAGUCAGAAUGAUUGUUUGUGUUAAUCCUAGAGUUGAUGACUAUGAUGAAAGUAUACAAGUAAUGAAAUUUGCUGAAGUCAGUCAGGAAGUGCAAGUCACCAAUUCUGCAACUUCAAAACUAGAUUUAGGAUACACGCCUGGCAGAAGACAAGCUAAUAAAAUAUUUAAAGAAGCAAGAAAUAGAUUAGAAUCCGCUGGGAAUCCAGCUGCUGGUGAUUUGGAAGUUGAUUUGGGCUUAGUAUACAGUCUCGGCGGACCAUUUCCAGCUACAGAUUUAACAAGUCCACACAAUGACGAAAUAAUUACCACACUUAUGCGUUUCUUGGAAAUGCGUAUUCAAAAACGAAACACCUUACAAGAGGAUUUAAAACAAAAGCAAACUAACUUCAGGAAUAUGUUAGUAAAAAUGGAGCGGGAGAACGUAUCCCUAAAAAUUGAAAAUUCCGCAUUGAAAGCGUCAAAUGAUAAACAGAAUAAAAAAAUCACUGCUUUGGAAUCCCAUAUUUGCAAAACGGAAUCUCAAAUUGAUACUCUACUGUACAGAUUAAAUAGCGCAAACGAUAUAAUCAGACACAUGAAGGAAGAACUAAAGAACAAGGAUAUGUUAUUAAAUCAACGUGCAAUAGAUAAGCAGAGAGUUAAAGAGAAAUACAGUAACAAGAUUCAAAUGGAAACUGAUAAGAUGAGCAAGGAAUUAGAAACCAAAUUACGCCGGCAACGUGAAAUUCUUCAGAACCAAAUGAAAGAGAAAGAUGAGAAAUUAAAACUAAUGAAAGAAAUUCUACAUAAUGAUGAGACUGGUACUAAAGGAGAAAUGGAACCCAAAGAAUCAAUUCCAGCAACGACUUCAAGUGAUACAGAGAUUACCACAGCUAAAACUAUUACUUGUUCUACACCAGCAUCAGAAACUGUAUCUCCUAUAGAAACUACACCAAAAACCAGUGUGAAAACACCGUCCACUGUUAAGUUCGAAGACACCUGUGAUGCCAGACUUAAUAUAACUGAAAGAAUUCCAGUAGUGAAUUUGCGAUACAGACGAUCGCAAAGUGCUGAGAGAUGGGUAGACCAUCGGCCUUCUGGCUUGGUUCCAGUCGGAACUAUCCUUCAACCGCUUUUAAGACGCAAACGAAGUGUAACACAAUUGACAGACCCGAAGGAUAUAACAGAUGGAGUGUCCAGAUAUUGCCUUGUUGCACAGGAGCAAGACAUUGACGGUGAACUUGAAACUAAACUGUACAAAGGUGAUAUAUUACCAACUAGCGGAGGAGGUGCCCAAGUGGUAUUUAAUGACAUGGAACACUUAAAGCAAGUAUCACCUGUACCAAGAAGAAAACGCAGCAGUUAUUUCAGUCCAGAAAAACAAGAUUCCGCUUUGCGGAAAGAUUGCUGCGCCUCAGAGGAAAAUAACACAAAAAAACCUCGCGUCUAGAUUUAUUUGAUUAACAUUCGUACGCGGCGUAUCGCAUUACGAAUCGUCGUGAAGAGUUUUAUCACAAAUAAGACUAAUUACAUAGUUUAUAUAUGUAUGCAAAAACCAAAGUGAUCAAGGGAUGGAAUUUCUCUUCUAUUGUUUUCAUGCAAUAACGAAAAGUACAAAUUAGUUAUAAGCGUGUAAAAAUUGGCGCUUAAUAUAGUUUUGUUUCAUUUCAUUACAAAAUAUAUAUAUAUAUAUAUAUAUAUAUAUAUAUAUUUUAUAACUGAAUUAUUAUUAUAGAUAAAAGUAUAAUUAAGUUGUUUAUAAUUGAAAGUAUAUUGUUACUCGAGACAUAUAUUUAGCUUAUAAAAAAGGAAAAGUAAUUUCGUGGUAUCUUAUUAAAAUUAAAAAUAUUCUUGCCUAAAAUCGGUUCAUUUUUAUUCAUAAUUCCGUGUAGUGUUAAAUGUCCAUUUAUUUCCCGUGGCUUAUACAACACAGACUCUGCGAAUAGUACAAAUGUUAGGACAACAGAAGCCUGAAUAUGUAUUGCCAACAGCAAAGUAGCGAAUAUAUACAUCAUUUCCGCAUAGUGCAAACUAUGAGAAUCUAUAUGGAAAAAUCAUCGAAAUCUUUUUCUCGUUUCUAUAGUUGAAUUUAAAAGUCGAACGGCUGACAUCGAACCCGAUGGUU